AUGAAACAGAAUCGUUCACAUAGGAGUCAUCCGUACACACUAGCUACUAGAUCUUUUAGGACUAUCCGUUCAGGGGACCAUCAACACAAUUUGUUUGAUGUGGAAUCUCAAUUUUUCGCACCUAACCUGGAGUCAAAUAACAAAUCCAGAACUCUUUCUCCAGAUGAAAAUAGCUUUCAAAAUUAUAACGAGAACGAAUAUCUACCUUUAGAAAAUAAUGAAAUAAAAAGUAAUUCAUGUUUUAAUCGGGUAGACUUAUCGACUUAUAAUUCAGAAUUAACACAACAUAACGGAUAUAAUCUUCAAUCUCACUCGCACUUUAAUUACAAUGAAGUAAAUGUACAAGAAUUGUAUGCGAAAAUACGCAAUCCCAUAGGUAGUAAUACCUCAGUCGAAAAUAACAAUUUUUCUGAUCCUCUUUACCAAAUUUCCAUGAAACUCAUUAGCAUUAGAGAUAAACUCUACAUGUCAUCUGAUGAAAAUCAUAUUAUGCGACUUGUUUCUGAGUUGAUAGAGGAAUCAAAAUCUGUUAAUAGUUUAACUUUAGAAACACAAUUAGAUCUAGAAAUGAAGUUUGUUAUUACCACACUUGCAAAAAAGAUUGCAGAUCUAUGCAACAAAGAAGUGGAGCUCGUGCAUCAUAUUUUCUCAAAACAUAAAGAAUUUGUAGAAAACACUUCUUUCUUAUUUAAAGAAUUUCAAAAUUUAGAUCCUAAGCGAGAAAAUUCUAAACGUCAAAAAACCGACCCAAUGGCUACUUUAUGGUUCAUCAAAUAUUUGCUUGAUAAUGAUCUCCAAAGACCAGACAAAAAACAAAGAAAUUGGCUAUCACUUUGGACAAAUAUGAUGCUUCAUGACGUUAAUCGAUGGUUUAUAAGAACCAAUAAUAAUUAUAUAAAAAAAAAUGAAAAAGAAACUGCGCGUAAAAAGUUAACUGAACGUGCAAAAAUAACUAGUAAACAGUUAAGAAAUACAUUUAAAGCAUGCGAUUCUAAAAAUAAAAUGAGUUCAAAACGUAGUCAACCAUAUGAUAAGGAAGGCCGUGGUAGGAAACCAAAUAAAUCCGAAAUAUAA